AUGAAGGAAAUACUCCCCGAAUACCCACCAACCCCAUCCAGCUCGACCAUUUUCUCAUGCACCGACGGCCUCGGUUACACACUCCAAAACAACCACCGCGCAGCCGCCCGCCUGAACCUACAACACUACUUAUGGCGCGAGACCCUAGGAUACCACAUGCACCCGAGGGUGCAAAUCCCGAAAUUCAACCCUGUCAUCGCCGACGUGGCGACCGGAACCGGUAUUUGGCCAAUUCACGUCGCGCGAGAGCUACCAUCGGCGGAAAUAGACGGGCUGGAUAUCGAUAUGACGCAAGCGCCGCAGCCAACAUGGUUACCCGAUACUAUCCGCCUUCGACCCUGGAAUCUGUUCAGUCCCGUGCCACCUGAUCUAUUGGGGAAAUAUGAUUUCGUUCAUGUGCGACUUCUCGUGCUAGUCUUAUCUGGAGUUGAUCCUGUGCCGGCAAUUCGGAAUCUCCUGGCGUUGUUGAAGCCGGGCGGGUAUUUGCAGUGGGAUGAGUUAGAUUGCGUGCAUAUGAAAUUGAAAAAGGUCGACGAGUCCCUCGUGGCUCCUGCGUUAGAGGAGAUUCGGACAGCGUUGUGUGCCAACGGUAGACAUAAUUGGUCCGUGGAGCUGCCUCGCAUGUUAACGUACUGCGGGUUUGAAGAUCCGCGAACUGACUACUAUGACGAGCCUCCGGAGCUGGUGCGCGCUUUCAAUGAUCUGCAUUUGAAUACGAUGGAGGAGUUUGCAGGCAAGUUGGCGCAGAUGGGCCUGAUGGAGCCAGCGCGACGGUUCUAUGAGGUAGUGCAAAGGGCUUAUGGGGAGAGUGUACAGGGAUCUGCUCUAUCCCUUCCUCGACUUGUGGUUGUGGCGCGAAAGCCGCUCAUUUCGUCAGAUCAUGAUGGAUGGCCGAAUAGGCGACCGUUGGAGUCAUUGUGA